AUUUUAAACGUACAUUCGCUUUCGUGCAUCUACCACGCUCCAGGGUACGUAUCAUAGUUUUUUUUGCUUUUAUUCUUGCAGGUCAGCAAUACUGUAAAGUACUCCCUUAUUUUAGCGAAAUAAAUUCCAUAAUCAACUUUAAACAAGGAAAUAAGUAAAUAAGAACAAACUUAAAUCAUUAUUAAUAAAUGCAUUUUUAUUUUAAAAUUAAAAAUAAAAUGCCAUUUUUUUGGUUCAAAUUCAAAUAAAUUACAUACAAUUACAACAAAACAUCAUUUAACUUUAACAAAUAGUAGGCCUUCGGGAUUAAAAAAAAAGAUUACAUUUUAUGAACCUUUUAAGGCAAUGGUUCUCAACCUUCUUAAUGCCGCGACCCUUACUUUCAGUUCCACAUGUUGUGGCGACCCUCAACCACAAAAUUAUUUUUGAUGCUUCUUUAUUAUUGUAGAGUAUAUGUAUUUUCCGAUGGAUUUAGGCGACCCCUGAGAAAGGGCUGUUCGACCCCCCAAAGGGGCCGCGACUCACAGGUUGAGAACCGCUUUGGUAAGGCAAAGAGAAAUCUUCUGUCUUCAAAGAUACGAUUUUUGUUGUUGCCCAAUUGAAUGUGUCUAGACCUAGAUUUAGAAUAAAAUAAAUGUUUUUUUUUUAUAUUACUAAUUUCACUAAUUAUUACUUUAUAAACUUUAUUUAAUUUUGUCAAUGCACCCAAGCCCAAGGUGUCCUUAUUUCUUUCUAACCCAGUGAUGGGAUCUUGGUUAUUAUUGUGGGACCAUCCACGCAGGUCAGCGCGAAGGUGGUACUCACUAGGUAGGCACUCAAACUCAGGUUUCAAAUUUUCAAAUACAUCUGACAUACACAAAGAGCAUAUCACAGGGCUACCACACCUUAACAUUAUACGUGAUAAAAAAAAAAUAAAGUGAAAAAUUAAGCAAACUAAUUUUUAAAGUAACACAGAAAAAAUUAAUUUUUAAAAUAUUUUUAUCUGGUUUUAAUUUUUAAAACCAUUUAAUAAAUAAAUAAGAACUCUUCUGAAAUUAAAGUUAAUAUUGUAAAUUAAUAACAAGUUAAUAAUUAUAGAAAAUUUAAUUUUCUCUUUUUUUUUUUUUAAGUAGAAGAUGUACAAAUUACAUCCAGGUGUUAAUUGUUUAUUAAACAAAAAAAAAAAAAAAAAAAAAAAUAUAUAUAAAUUAUAUAAAAAAAUAAAGAGGGAAAGAAUAAAUAGUAAGCUCGGAAACUUUAUCAUGUGUAUAAGACAUUAGCAACCAUACAAAAAACAGUACAAACCAAAGAGAACCCAUGGCCCAUAGUAAAAUUUAAAAUUGGAUUAUUUCAAUUACUUAUACAAUGUGUUCAAAAUAUUAUGCAUCUUUAAAAAAUCUAGCUUAAUUUUCAUCUAUUGGAAAAAAUAUUUGUGGAUUGACACACAGGUAACUAAGGUAUUAAAAUGAUCUAUUGUAGGUGAAAAAUUCCUUUAGACAGUAUUUCUUUUGAAAAAAAUCAUAUAAUGUAAAUUUACAAGAAAAAAUAAAAAUACUUAUUGCUUUCAUAAUACUAUUAAUUCAUUCAGAGGCGUAGCAUGGUGGGGGCAGGGGGGGACAGAUGUCACCGGGUGCCAGCUAGUUAGAGCUAGGGACGCCAAAAUGUGCUUUGAUAUUAUUUUAUUGAUGAAAAUAAUGGGUUUGAGAGUUGAAAAAAAAGAAAAAGGGGCGCUAAAAAUGGAUCUUGUCCCCGGGCGUGAAUCUUGUCCCCGGGCGCCAAACACCCUCGCUACGACACUGAAUCCAUUUUAACUACAAUUAUUAUUAACACAUUUUGCUUAAUAGCUUUGCAAAUCCAAUUACUAAUCAACAGACUUAGAAUAAGAGAACACAUUUUUUGAUGAAGAACCUUUUGCCUUUGUUAAAGGAAUUGUGUGUUGAUUAGACUUGUGCGCUUUAUUUCCAAGUGACUUCUAUUACACGUGGAUUGUAGAUGAUAUUUUUACCAGAGAAAAUUCGGAGGUAACAUUUAGUAGCCUAACUUCCAGUGGGUAUUGAUAUUUUGGAUAAUAAAAUAUAAUUUUUUUUUUAAAAUUGUUAAUUCCUUUUAUGUGAUAAACAUUUUUUUAAAAUGUCAUUUUGAAUAAAUUUCAGUCAAUUAUUGUACCAUGUGUUUCAGGGGCAUUAAUUCAAUCUAUUAUUACAUUAAGGACAUAGGAAACUCCCUCCCCCCCCCCCCCCCCCCCCCCCCCCUAAAAAAAAAUUUUUUUUAAAAUGUCAUUUUGAAUAAAAUUCAGGCAAUUAUUGUACCAUGUGUUUCAGGGGCAUUAAUUCAAUCUAAUAUUACAUUAAGGACAUAGGAAACUCCCUCCCCCCCCCCCCAACCCGCCCACUUUAAAAAAAGAACUCCUAUAUACUAAUUUUGAUCUUGGGAAAUCUUGGGAAAUUUCAUGACCAAAUCUUGGGAAAUUUAAAAAAAGUGAGUGGCAGCCCUGGCAUAUCAUUCGAAAGAGCUAGCUUUCACUUUCAUGUAUUUUCAUUGGUUUUAAGUGAAUUUUUAAUAUAUAAAAAAUUGAUUAUAUGAUUAAUCAUUAAUAAGUUUGUUUAUUGUCAAUGUUUGGCCUGAUUUUUUGUCACUUUUUAUCAGUCUGAGGCUACAGCAAUAUCCAUACAAUUCAUACGGUAUAUUAAUAUUAUUCUUCGGUGGUUUUAUAUAGUUUAUAUAGCGCAGUACCCCAGCCUAAGGUUAGGCUCACUGCGCUUCACUAAAUAUUAACUUUAUUAAGUUGAUAUUAAUUUCAUUGAUUGCAUAAUAUUCACCAUCAACAUACUAUAGUAAGUUAAGUAUGUCUAGUAUGUUUCUCGUAAAAAAUAUGAUCAUUUGAUGAAUAAUAUGGACAGUAUGAAUCAACGAAUGUGCAUAUAAAUUAGUAAAAGAAAUUAGCACAGACAUUGGCCUUACUAUAUUACCUUAAUACCUAUUAAUUGCUAGUAUUAGGCUAGAUCAGGGGUGGGAAACUGAUAUUAAGCGACCCUUGAAGGCUUUUAGAAAUAAAAACAUUACUUUGUUUUUAAGUUAUUUUGUUGAAUUUUACUGAAUUUCAUGAACUGUUAUGAGAUUUUUUAAACAUUUUUAUCAAAUUUCUUUCUAAUUUCUUUUUUUUUUUUUUUUUUUUACAUUCCUUUACUUAUGUCAUUUAUUCCUAAAAUGUGAAUUUACCGAUUUUAAUAUAGAGAAAUGUUUAUCGAAAUGUAAAAUUCAAAUUUUUUUUUAAUUUUUUUUUUUUUUUUUUUUUUUUACAGUCCUUGACUUAUGUCAUGUAAUGCUAAAAUGUGAAUUUACCGAUUUUAAUAUAGAGAAAUGUUUAUCGAAAUGUAAAAAUUGGACAUGAUAUACAUGCGGCCCCCAAAUAGCUUUACAUUUGUCAAUGUGGCGCGCCGUAGAAGAAUUUUCCCAUCAGAUCAUAUUAAAAAACUGAAUAUUUCUGAAUAAUAAAGUAAAAAUUUACUGCUUCUGGUAAUGUUUCGUUGCUGCAUCCAUGUACUGGCAUCUUUGCAACGGUAGUGGAUAUGAUGUUGCUAUUCUAAUAGCUCCUCGCUGAUGCCAGGGCAGCCUUGAAGCUUUCGACCAAUGUCGAGUUCACAGUGGAAUAGUUAAGGUGGUUCCAUGCUAUUAUUGUGCGUGUGAAGAAAGAUUAUUGAUACUGCACUGUGUUGCACUGAGGCACUUUGAAGCAUUUGCUAUUGUUUCUGGUGAAAUUGUUUAUGGGAAUGUCAGUGGUGAAGUCCGUGCUCAGUGAGUGUUUUGCUCUGAUCAGUCUACCCGGCUUCUGUGGUGUUAGGUACGUGCCUGCUGGGAUGGCCGCACCAGUCCCAUGAUCACUUUAUAUAAGAAUAUCAGGCAGAGUCCCUCUCGUCUGUCCUUAUGGGGGGGAUGUCAAAUCCUUUUAAGAGGCCAGUGACGAAGCCAGAAGUGGUGGAUUUGUAGUCGCGAGUGAUAAAACGCACCGCGUUACGUUGAAUUUGCUCCAUCGUGUCCACAUCUUGCUUAAGGUGUGGGUCCCAGAUGAUCGCACCAUAUUUCAGUAGUGGACAAGUGCGAGAUAGGCAUUUCGUUUGCAGGAAGUUAGGCAGUGGCCCAGAUUUCUUCGGAUGAAACCUAGGGUGGAGUUGGCUUGUAGACUUGGGGUAAUCUUUAAUAAAUGAUGAACUAUGCUAAAAUCCGAAAUCGAGGCCCAGCUUCCUAUACCUAUCCCUGAGGCCCACCUUGCUAUGCCUAUCCCUGAGGCCCACCUUGCUAUGCCUAUAUCUGAGGCCCACCUUGCUAUGCCUAUCCCUGAGGCCUACCUUGCUAUGCCUAUCCCUGAGGCCCACCUUGCUAUGCCUAUCCCUGAGGCCUACCUUGCUAUGCCUAUCCCUGAGGCCCACCUUGUUAUGCCUAUCCCUGAGGCCCACCUUGCUAUGCCUAUCCCUGAGGCCCACCUUGCUAUGCCUAUCCCUGAGGCCCACCUUGCUAUGCCUAUCCCUGAGGCCCACCUUGCUAUGCCUAUCCCUGAGGCCCACCUUGCUAUGCCUAUCCCUGAGGCCCACCUUGCUAUACCUAUCCCUGAGGCCCACCUUGCUAUGCCUAUCCCUGAGGCCCACCUUGCUAUGCCUAUAUCUGAGGCCCACCUUGCUAUGCCCAUCCCUGAGGCCCACCUAUCCCACUGACUUGCAUCUGCAUUAAAUACAUUUCAAUAUUUGAACUAUUUUGGUCCUCAGAUUUGCCUGCAAUAAAUAUCUGACAAUGUCUCGUGAUUUCAUCCCACCAUCCCACUAUGACCCAACAGUUGUUGCUCUUGAAAAAACGAUAGAACUUGCAAAAAACUCAGGGGCUGCACCUGAUCUGGUUGAAGCUCUGGAAGGAGUCCGCAAUUUGGUGACUGAAAGGGAAGAGUACACACUUAAUACCACCACCAAAGAAAGUGAAACCUGCAGAGAUAUCAUUGAAAAAACUAAUAAGCAUGAUUGGGAGACUCCAUUUCAAGAAGGCAAAACAACAUGGCUGCUUAAACCAUUCAUGAUGAGUGGAGCGUUGGAGGGUAAAACAUAAAAAAAAAACUUCUAUUACAUUUUUAAUUAAGCUGUAAAAUCUUUGAGAAAUUAUACUUUUAAAUUGUAUUAAGUAAUAUAUGAUUAACAACAACAUAAUUUUCCUACCCUUUUGUCAGGUCAGUUUCUCAAGGCUGUUUUGAGUCUACAAAAAGCAAAACGAAUCUUAGAUAUUGGCAUGUUUUCAGGCUACAGUGCUCUCUCUAUGGCUGAGGCUUUACCAGGUCAGGGUGAAAUCUUUUUACUGUGA